AUGCUUUGUGAACAUGAUAAUCAGAUUGAUGCCAAAGACUGCUCAGGACAGCCUUCUGUUUGGCGAGAUGUGUAUCGGAAGAUGGGAUGCCUAGGACUGUCCUGCCAGAAUGAGGUCUUAGACGCUCAUGAUGAUAUUCCCGACGAUCUGCGCAACCAGCUAGAUGCAGAAGAGCGUCAACAGCUCUCUAAACAAAAAUUCCUUAACAAUGUCUCCACUGUAUCGAUGCGUCCUCCUACCAAUUUUAAUGUCCUUCCGACGCAGUCAGGUCAACCCUUGAAAUCUUCUUCCUGGGGGGCUGACGCAACUCUGAGAACUAUACAGCCUGAUUACGUCGAUAUUCCGGGAUAUCGCGAGGCAGUGGUGGAAGAAUAUGCUAAUUGGCAUCUGUCACGGGUGAGCUCUGAGAACUAUAAAGAGAAUAUCAAGCAAGCCCGUGAUAUAGCAUUGGACAACCGUUUUGACAUUGGAAAUAUUAGUCGCUUAGACCCAAAGUUAUUCGUCGAGCAGGGGGUAAAAAUUGGAGUUGCACGCAGAUUCGUCAGUGACACCGAACUCUGGCGUGACGAGAGGGAUAGCGGAUCUGCUUAA